UGGAAGUAGUGCAAAAUGUGGUCAAUAAUCGUCUCAUUGGGCUUGGUGUCCAUCGUCAGUGCGGAGUACUUUGAGUGCCAUUCCGACGAGAUUGACAAGACUCGGAACGCGGUGCAGAACCUUUGGCCUAAUACCCAAAUGUAUUAUCACCUCUCCAGCGAAUUGAGCGACAAGGAAAAGUCGAAUGUUCGCGCUGCCUUGGCUGUGUUUAACGAGAAGACCUGUCUGAAGUUCUUGGAGGUGGAGGAAUCAUCACCGCUUCACUAUGUCUACUAUAACAAGUCAAAUGGGUGCCGGUCACUUGUGGGUUACAACCCGUUUCACAAGCCACAUGUUGUAGAUGUUGACGAGUAUUGUUUAAGUCAUACGGGUAUUAUCCAACACGAGACGCUCCAUGCGCUGGGCUUGCAUCAUGAGCAGAAACGUCAAGAUCGCGAUCAACAUGUGAUUAUCAAUUGGGCAAAUAUUGAACACGGACAGGCGCAUAAUUUUCAAAUCGAACGUGGAACCACCUCUUUCGGUGUGCCCUAUGACCUCAAUAGUGUUAUGCACUAUCCCAAAAAUGCCUUUGCCAAGGAUCGCAGAAUUCCGACUAUUUAUGCUAAAGUCAAUGGAAAGCCGGUGGAGAGAGAGAUGGGCAAUCUGCUGGGUCCUUCUGAGGGUGAUCUUAUCAAAAUACGCAAAAUGUAUAAUUGUUAGGCUAGAUGGACAGACGGACAGACAGCCAGACAGAUGAGUUUUAUUAUUUUUGAAUAAAAAUGAUAUUUUUGAA